AUGUUCGUGUUUGCAGAGGACCCUCCAACAGUGGUAAGUUGUGCCAGUUUCACCCAACUAGGACCAAGCAUCUAUGAAAUGGACGCUAACCAUGGUUCCUGGGCGGCGGAUGGCUUCUGUCGUGUUAUUCGAAUGGAUGAGAUAAAUGCUGGAGACCCGUACACUAUAAAUGUUGACUUGUACAAUGUGAUCGCAUGGGGUGGAGCAGAUUCCGGUCACCUUGGAGUUAUGUACAACGCUGUGGACGAGGACAACUUUGAUGUUUUCUACUUCAGGUUGGUAACCUGUGCGAAAAUAUUGUUUCCCAUAAUUGGCAUUUUCAUUUGGAGGCCAGUCCAUCUGCAACGGGUGGGCCAGAGUGCCUUUUCCCCGUUCAACAAAGAUAUCCUGGAGCAGUGCAGAAGGAUACAUUCUCCACUUACAUAGAGUGUUAUGCCGUAAUGAAUUCGUGGCUAUUCUCUACUGUUAAAUAAAGAAACAUUUUUGUUGGAAAGCAAUUUUUGUUUUAAACCGUUGGCCGGUAGAGGAGUUCUCAUUUUGACGUUUUCAUGCACAAUUCACAAAUAAAGCAGCAUUUUAAAUGGUCCCCAUGUGAAAAGGGCACGAAAAGCCAAAAAGCUACUUAUUCAAUCAUCCAAAAGUGCUAAACUUAAGACAUUAGUUUUAAAGUUUAUCUUUCUGUUUUGCUCAGGCUGCACAAUUCAGCACCGUGCUUCCAGUCUGGCUAUGUGCUAAGCGGUGACUUUGUGGGAAGCAGUAACUCUCCUUGUCCCAAUGGCAAUCCGCCUGGUAAAACCUGGUUUAAUGUCCUUGUGGAGGUCAGUUCAGAUGGCAGAGUUGAAAUUUUUCUUAACGGUAAUCUCGUGAAUUCACAGACUUCUCACUUUAACACAAAAGGUCGCGGUGGAGUAGUGGUCGCCAAUGGAUUCCAAAAUAUAAUGAAAUUUAGGGACUUCAGCUUAUACGGCAUGGCGUGA